AUGACAGCAGUUGUAUUUCCAUAUCUUCCUCCUGAUGAUCUGCUUAAGGCUGAGGAAGAAUCAAAUGCCCGCGAACUAUCAUGGUAUCUAGAUAGUCUACAAGAGAAGCUCGCGGAAUUCAAAGCUGGACUGGAAGACUGCUAUGCGAAGCUCUCUCCAGUAGAAGAUCCCGAGUCAAGUACCCUCGUCAUCUCAACGCCCAAAAGCGAGUUAGUGAAAGGUCAUGUCACAAGAGUAGGAACACGAGUUAUAAAAGGGUCAAUAUAUCUCCGUCUCAAAACCCUCCCACCCAUCAAUCUCAAACUCAACGAAUCCUCUCCCCUCCUCCUCCCCCAACUCGCCCACCUCCGUACCCUCCUCAACUCCGCCCUCGACAGCAUAGACAUAACCCUCUGGACAGGCGAUCGUCACUCCGGAUCUUUCAUAAACUCCCAACUCCACCUCCUUCACAGCAUCCUCCUCGAAGCCGCCUCCGUCCUCUCCGGACCAACUCUCAACAUACGUCCUGGGACGCCGAAUCCACUGCCCCUCGCCCCGCGCACAUCAGGCGAGCAAGGAAAUCCGGAUAACCCGCCUUGGUACGAGAUCGCACCUACGCCUGAUACAUUUGUCCCACCACUCCCUACGAAUCUAUCACUACAUCUGCUUCCGACUGCUUCUUCACUGAUCCUGACGUUGAGAGUUCUGGAGCCGACGGCGGUGCCGGAGAGUACAUUUUCAAAGUUCGCGACGGCGAUUGGGGCGCAGAGACGGCUGGAGCAUGAUGAGAUGGACGAGGUGUUUGUGUAUAAGGGGGAAGAGGUACGGGUUAAGGAGAAGGUGAGGGUGGAGAGUGGAGGUGAUCCGGUGUUGCUUGUGCUGGGAGUGAAGUUGGGGAGUUUGGUGAAGGGAGUGGAGGGAUGUAUGUGUGGAUUGAGGGCUGUGAUGGGGGUUGGUGAAGAGGAGGAUGACUGA